AUGGCAGUGUUUCUGUCUAAAACCGUUGAACAAGAUGAGAAUCUCAUAUCGUUCACCUACCACUUCAGAGUGCCUAGGCGAUUACCAUUGCGUUCGGAUGCAUCUUCAAAAAUACCAGCUGAAUUGGAGGCUAUGUAUGGUCAAUAUCCUCCACUAUUGGUUCAAUAUUCUGGAACUUCUAUAGCAAACCGAGUUGUCGAUCCGAACUUCGAUUAUCUUGACCCUGUUUGGAUGGCGCACUGCGACGAGAUUUUGCGCAGAUCCGAAUUAUUCAAUGAACGACUGCGAGAUCGCUACGGUAUAGAGCCAGAUGUAGAUGUCGAAGAAGACGAAGACAUGAGACCUAGAUUUUUGAGAACGUCCGACACAUCGGGAAGCGAUGUUGAUGAAGACGUUGACGAAACAGGGCGAUUAGGAAAAGGAUUUCGACGCGUCCCUUAUACUCCUUUUCCUGGUAAGACAGAUCGCACAACUCGUGAUACAGCAAAAAUGAUUAUAAAAACUCUUGCCAAUCCGCAUGCUGGGAACGAAGCUAAAUAUCGCGUUACCUCAACGAUAUCGUCGAUUGCAGGCGAAGGACCAGCCUACAACCCUAUCCGCCUCGUCCGUUCUGAUCCACAAGUGUCACGAGCAUCCAGUAUCGUUUGUACCGCUGAUCUUGUCGCGACAAAGGCAGCCUCCUCAACCUCAUGCCUCGCAUCAAAUCUUGUAUCCCUCACUCACAGCUCAUUCUCCAAUGAAACGAGCACUACUUCUGGGUCAUAUGCUCGUCAAAAUGCUCGGUCGAGUUCGGCACAUUCAAGAUUGACUCCGCAUAGAAGAAGAUACUCGCCGACAAUUUCCGAUGUGGUCAGAUUCCGCAAUCGUAUCGGGGUCCUUAGCGAUUUUCUCAGAAAUCCACGCCAUAGACCACCAAAACCAGGGGUGCCUACGAAUUCGGAUGCAUCGACGCAGCAUGGCGCAGGAAGCUCAGAAAAUGAGUAGAAACAAGGCGAAACUGUGUUCAUUAACCAAAAUUUCCUUAUAAC